GUCUAGGACCCCGGCUCAGGAAGCGGGGAGGGAGGUGAGAAGCAGAUAGAGCAGACACGGAAAGGAAGACUUAGACGUGAGCGGAGCGGUGAGUUGGGCGCUCAGGAUGAGGAGGGUCGUAGAGGCUUGGUCGUGACAGGGAGGGAGCAAGUCUUAGAAGAGGAAAGAAGGAACAGGGCGCAAGGGCCAGAACAGAGGGGCAGCCAGUUUGGGGGAGAGGCAGAGGCCUGGGCCUGGACGUUGUGGGUAGAGCAGAGCUUCAGAGGGGCGAACACCCGGCCGCCCAGGAUGCCCGGGCCCAGCGCCCCGGAGGAGCGGCGGCCUCUGGUGGCGCGCCGCGCGCGGGACCCCCGACCAUGGCGUCAGACGGCGGGCGGUGCUGUGCUGCUGGUGCAGAUGCUGGAGCGCACCGCCUUCUUCGGCGUCGCAGCCAACCUCGUGCUCUACCUCAACAGCAAGAACUUCAACUGGACCGGCCAGCAGGCGUCCCACGCCGCACUCGUCUUCCUGGGUGCCUCCUACCUGCUGGCGCCUGUGGGCGGCUGGCUGGCCGACGUGUACCUGGGCCGUCACCGCGCCGUAGCGCUCAGCUUGCUAAUCUACCUGUUCGCUUCGGGCCUGCUGCCUGUCACUGCCUUCCCCGACGGCCGACGCUCCUUCUGCGGCGAGAUGCCCUCCCCCGAGCUGGGACCCGCCUGCUCCUCCGCCGAGUGCUGGCGCGCCUCGCCCAGUCCCUACUGCGCGCCCACCCUCUACAUGGGGCUGCUGUUCCUCGCGCUGGCUGCUAGUUCCGUCAGAAGCAACCUCACGUCCUUUGGUGCCGACCAGGUGAUGGACCUCGGCCGCGAUGCCACUCGCCGCUUCUUCAACUGGUUUUAUUGGAGCAUCAACCUGGGCGCUGUGCUGUCACUACUGAUAGUGGCCUUUAUCCAGCAGAAUGUCAGCUUCCUGCUGGGCUACAGCAUCCCCGUGGCCUGUGUGGGCCUGGCAUUCUUCAUCUUCCUCUUUGCCACUCCUGUCUUCAUCACCAAGCCCCCUGUGGGCAGCCAAGUGUCCUCUAUGCUUAAGCUGGCUCUCCAGAACUGCUGUCCUCGGCUGCGGCAACGACAUGCUGCCAGAGAUGCUCAAAGCACCCACCUGCUGCCUGACCAGAGGUAUUCCCAGCCCGGUCCUUCCGCUGCAGAGGACAUCGCUAACUUCCAGGUGCUGAUGAAGAUCUUGCCGGUCCUGGUGACCCUCGUGCCCUACUGGAUGGUGUACUUCCAGAUGCAGUCCACGUAUGUCCUGCAAGGCCUUCACCUGCACAUCCCGAACAUUUUCCCAGCCAGCCCCAGCAACCGCUCCUUGGUUCUGAGAGCCCUGGACAGCAGCUACAGGAUCCCGGAGGCCUGGCUCCUUCUGGCCAACGUAGUGGUGGUGCUGAUUCUGGUCCCUGUGAAGGACCACCUGGUCGACCCCUUACUGCUGCGCUGCAAGCUGCUUCCCUCGUCUCUUCAGAAGAUGGCGCUGGGGAUGUUCUUUGGUGUUACCUCUGUCAUCGUAGCAGGCUGCCUGGAGAGGGAGCGCUUGUACUACGUCCACCACAAUGAGACUGUGUCCCAGCUCAUCGGGAAGGACCUCUACUACGCAGCGCCGCUGUCCAUCUGGUGGCAGAUCCCCCAGUACCUGCUCAUUGGGAUCAGCGAGAUUUUUGCCAGCAUCCCAGGCUUGGAGUUCGCCUACUCGGAGGCCCCACGCUCCAUGCAGGGCGCCAUCAUGGGCAUCUUCUUCUGUCUGUCUGGAGUGGGCUCCCUGCUGGGCUCCAGCCUGGUGGCACUACUGUCCUUGCCUGGGGGCUGGAUGCACUGCCCUGAGGACUUCGGGAACAUCAACAACUGCCGGAUGGACCUCUACUUCUUCCUCCUGGCCGCCAUCCAGGCUGUCACAGCCCUCGUGUUCAUCUGGAUCGCUGGUCGCUAUGAGAGGGCAGCUCAGGGCCCGGGUUCCCAGAGCGGCUCCAGCAGGGACCGGGGCUGACCCUGCGGCCUCCUCGUCUAUCCCACACUUCUCUCAUGGACACAGGCAGCAGCAGUCCCAGCUACGGCUUCCCUCUCAGUUUAUUCUGUACCCAACAUUAGCAUUACAUGGUUUUCAUAAAUAAGGGGCAUACGCCCUUCCUCCUGA